UAUCAUACAUUUACAUAUAUUCAUCAAUACACAACAACAAAGAUGACUCCACCUACAGCUGUUGAAUCCUCCAUUAACUUUGGUCAAAAUUCUAAGAUCAAGACUACACAAGAUCCUCUUGUAAAGCAACUUUCCCUCGGCGAAGAAACUUUGAUUCGUCAUAAUGUUCCACCUUCAACUCUUUACGAAGAUGGUCUUCUUGAAAAGGGAACUACCAUCUCUUCCACUGGUGCUCUUUUAGCAUACUCUGGUAAGAAGACUGGUAGAUCUCCAAAGGAUAAAAGAAUUGUUGACGAAGAAACCUCCUCCCAAAACAUUUGGUGGGGACCUGUCAACAAGCAAGUUGACGAACUUACCUGGAAGAUUUCCAGAUCCAGAGCUCUCGACUACUUGAGAACUAGAGAAAAGUUGUUUGUUGUCGAUGCCUACGCCGGUUGGGAUCCAAGAUACAGAAUCAAGGUUAGAAUUAUUUGUGCUAGAGCUUACCAUGCCCUUUUCAUGACUAAUAUGUUGAUUAGACCAACCGAAGAAGAAUUGGCCAACUUUGGUGAACCAGAUUUCACCAUCUACAACGCUGGUCAAUUCCCAGCUAACGUCCACACUAAGGGUAUGACUUCUUCUACCUCUGUUGAAAUUAACUUCAAGGAUAUGGAAAUGGUUAUCCUUGGUACUGAAUACGCCGGUGAAAUGAAGAAGGGUAUUUUCACUGUCAUGUUCUACUUGAUGCCAAUCAAGCACCAAGUUUUGACUUUACAUUCUUCUUGUAACCAAGGUACCGAAAAGGGUGAUGUUACCUUGUUCUUCGGUCUUUCCGGUACUGGUAAGACCACCUUAUCUGCUGACCCAAGCAGAAAGUUGAUUGGUGAUGAUGAACAUUGUUGGUCUGACAACGGUGUCUUCAACAUUGAAGGUGGUUGUUACGCCAAGUGUUUGGACUUGUCAGCUGAAAAGGAACCAGAAAUUUUCAACUCUAUUAAGUUUGGUGCUAUCUUGGAAAAUGUUGUUUACGACAGAGAUACUAAGAUUGUUGACUACAAUGACUCUACCAUUACUGAAAACACUAGAUGUGCAUACCCAAUUGAUUUCAUUCCAUCUGCCAAGAUUCCAUGUUUGGCUGACACUCACCCAACCAAUAUUAUCUUGUUGACUUGUGAUGCCUCUGGUGUUUUACCACCAGUCUCUAAGUUGACUAAUGCUCAAGUUAUGUACCAUUUCAUUUCUGGUUACACCUCUAAGAUGGCUGGUACUGAAGAAGGUGUUACUGAACCACAAGCUGUCUUCUCUGCUUGUUUCGGUCAACCUUUCUUGGUUUUGCACCCAAUGAAGUAUGCUCAACAAUUAUCUGACAAGAUUUCUCAACACAAUGCCAACGCUUGGUUGUUGAACACCGGCUGGGUCGGUGCUUCUGCUGCUAGAGGUGGUAAGAGAUGUUCUUUGAAAUACACCAGAGCUAUCUUGGAUGCUAUUCACAGCGGUGAAUUGAGUAAGGUUGAAUACGAAAACUUCCCAACUUUCAACUUGAACGUUCCAAAGUCUUGUCCAAAUGUUCCAGCUGAAAUCUUGAACCCAACCAAGGCUUGGUCCGAAGGUGUGGAUUCAUUCAAUGCUGAAGUCAAGGCUUUGGCUGGUAAGUUUGGUGAGAACUUCAAGAAGUAUUCCGAUCAAGCCACUGCUGAAGUACAAGCUGCUGGUCCAGAAGCUUAAAACCCGGAGAAUUAGAUAGCAUACGAUAUAACAUUACAAUAACAUAAUAUUUAAGUGAAGUUUUUACUGUAGUUAGUGUUGUUUGAAAAAUUUCUUGCCCUG